ACGUCCCUAAUCCGUUCACGAAUCAAUUUUGAACCAGUCAGAUUUUUUCAGAUUUUUUCAUUAGCGGACGUGCAAUUAAAACGCAGUGCAACUAAAUCGCGUGCAAUUAGCGAACGAGUGCUGUACUAACAGUUUUUACCCGACUAGAUUUUCUGUUCAGGAUUACCAUUUGCGUAGUAUUUUUUAGUAUGCAUUGAAUGUUUACGAUUCGGUUGCAAUUUUGAAACCUUCGAAACACCGUGAUAUGUUGUGUGUUAUCUCAGAUGUGAUAUAUAUUUUUGAUUAGUCAUUAUAUUGAGAAAAAAAUUAGGGAAAACAUGCUUGGUAACGCUUGUGAGGAGCUGAAUGUUAUCGUCGAGCAUCAGCUGGAUGAUCCGGAGAAUUUCGCCGGCGGGUUUCACCAAGAAAGAAAUGAAAGAGCUCUCAGAUCGUUCUGCAUCCGACAGCAUUUUCUGUGGAUUAUUAUUAAUGAAACUUGUUGAUGUAGAAAAAUUGAUGGUUAGCAGUGUAACAGGUAAACCGUGCCAACGAUUUGCAAAAGUUAAAAACUGCGAUGGAACCAGAGCUUACCCACCAGGAGAAAAACUUGAUCGAAACUUGUUUGAGUUUAUCUGCAACAAGGUUGCUGAGCGAAAUGCAAUAAAGUUUGGCGUCGAAAAUCUGGCUAUUAUCCGUGCAAAUUCAUCCAAAGCCAAAGUUGGCCAAUACAUUGCACAAAAAUCCAAAAUUUAAAAAAAG